UCUUCACUAACCAGGGAAGAACUAAGAUCUUGCAUUGUUUCUCUCUCAGGUUUCAUUAGCUUAGAUUGUGGGCUACCAGCAGAUUCGAGCUAUACUGAAGCCACAACAGGCAUUGAUUAUAUUUCAGAUGCAGCUUAUAUCGAAACUGGCAUUGGUAAGAGUGUCUUACCUAAAUUCCAAACAGGAAAGCAGCAGCAGACAUGGCACGUUAGAAGCUUUCCUGAAGGGGACCGAAAUUGCUACAACCUUAACCUCACAAAGGGCGACCAGUAUUUAAUCAGAGCUAGUUUCAUGUAUGGAAAUUAUGAUGAAUUAAAUAAAGUGCCACAAUUUGAUCUGCAUUUAGGUCCCAAUUUGUGGGGUACUGUAUCAUUGCAAAAUAAUGCUUCCACUGCUAUAACUAUGGACAUAGUUUAUGUCCUACAAGAAAAUCAUUUGCAUGUUUGUCUGGUGAAUACCGGUAAUGGGAUACCAUUCAUAUCGGCAUUAGAGUUGAGGCUUUUGAACAAUACUACCUACAGAACUGAAACUGGAUCCCUACAGCUCCUCACAAGGUAUGAUGUUGGUUCAGCAACGGGAACACUCAGAUAAUAAUGCAACAGGUUUAAAGAAGAUGCUUAUGAUCGUAUCUGGAGGCCUUAUAAAAGAAACGAUUGGACACAAAUAAGUACAUCUUCUACAGUCGGUUCUGCAGACGACAACUACCAACCACCAUCACUUGCUAUGAGGACUGCAGGCACACCAAUAAAUGCUAGCCACUCCUUGGAUUUCUUCAUUGACUCCAGCUCUCUUCCAGGUUUUUACUUGUACAUGCACUUUGCUGAAGUUGAAAGGCUCCUGGCUAAUGAGUCCAGAUCCUUUAACAUCUCUUAUAAUGGCAAGUACUGGUAUGGACCUUUUAGUCCUACUUACUUGUCCUCAACGACUCUGUAUACUCAAUCAGCUUUGAUUGGUGGACGGUACCAAUUCUCAAUCUACAAAACUGCUGAUUCAACCCAACCACCUAUCCUUAACGCAAUUGAGGUUUAUAUGGUAAAAGAAUUCUUACAAUCUGAGACAAUCCAAAAAGAAGUUGAUGCAAUCUCAAAUAUAAAAUCAAUUUGUGGAUUGAAAAGAAACUGGCAAGGAGAUCCAUGUGCUCCUCAACCAUACUCCUGGGAAGGGCUUAAUUGCAGCUAUGAUGGUUACAAUCCACCUAAAAUCAUAUCUUUAAACUUAUCCUCAAGCGGAUUGACUGGCAAGAUACCUCCUUACUUGGCCAAUCUCACUCAGUUACAAUAUUUGGACUUAUCCAAUAAUAGUUUGAAUGGAGCAGUGCCUGAGUUUCUAUCUCGAUUGCAAUCCUUGACAGUGCUAAACUUGCAAGGAAACAAGCUGAAUGGUACAGUUCCAGCUGAACUUGUUGAAAGGUCAAAGAAUGGAUUGCUAUUGAGCGUUGAAGGAAAUCCAAACCUUUGCGCAUCACUUUCAUGUAACAAGAAGAAGAAGAAAACUGUUAUUCCAAUUGCAGUAUCAGUUGCUUCAUUUGCUGUUCUCAUAAUUGCGUUGGCUAUCUUAUGGAGGCUUAAAAGGAGAAAAUCUCAAAAUGUUUAUGCUCAUAGACCUAUGCUGAUUUUAUCAGGUCCAAAUAUGGAUGAUGAAUACCAAAACUCAGCCCCAUCACUGGAGUCAAAGAACAGGCAGUUCACGUUUUCUGAGGUGCAGAGAAUGACAAACAACUUCGAGAAAGUUCUCGGGAGAGGAGGAUUCGGAACAGUUUUCCAUGGCUACUUGGAUGACUCUCAAGUAGCAGUAAAGAUGCUAUCUCAUUCAUCUGUUCAAGGCUAUAAGCAGUUUCAAGCAGAGGUCAAACUUCUUCUUAGAGUUCAUCAUAGAAACUUGACAAGCCUUAUUGGGUAUUGCAAUGAAGGCACCAAUCUGGGGCUAAUAUACGAGUAUAUGGCUAAAGGAAACUUACCAGAACGUUUGUCAGAUAGAUGUCACAGUGUCCUGAUUUGGGAAGGAAGACUUCGAACGGCACUGGAAGCAGCACAAGGUUAACAUUAUUUACAUAAUGGUUGCAAACCACCAAUAAUUCACAGAGAUGUGAAAUGCACAAACAUCUUGUUAAAUGAAAACUUACAAGCCAAGUUAGCUGAUUUCGGUCUGUCCAAGACUUUUCCUGUUGAAGGUGCCACUCAUGUAUCGACAUCCAUUGCUGGUACUCCUGGCUACCUAGACCCUGAGUAUUACAUAUCAAACAGAUUAACAGAGAAAAGUGACGUUUAUAGUUUUGGGAUUGUUCUUCUUGAGAUAGUAAUAAGUCGACCAGUGAUUUCAGAAACCAAUAAUAAGAGAACUCACAUAAGUCAAUGGGUUAGUUCCAUGCUGUCCAGAGGGGAUAUAAGAAAUAUUGUUGAUCCAAGAUUAAGAGGAGAUUUUGAUGUUAAUUCUGUGUGGAAAGCUGUAGAAGUAGCGAUGACUUGUCUGUCUCCAACUUCCACAAGAAGGCCAACCAUGAAUCAGGUAGUGGUGGAAUUAACCCAAUGUUUGUCAGCGGAGAGAGCUAGGACGGUGAGGGGACAUGAAAAUGAAUCACAAGACUCGAUUGCAAUGAUUACCAGGAAUUUUGAAACUGAACUUUCCCUACCAAGGUGAUCGUGAAUCUGAGAAAAAGAUUAAUCCCUGGCAGGAUAAACCCAAAAAUAUUAUCGUCAUUUUGAUGCUUUCUAGCUAUGGUUGAUGUGAGUACAGUGGCAUGCAACAGGGUGUAGUUUGUGUAAAGAAAGUCUGUUCUAGUGGACUAUAUGUAGAUAAUUUCAUACAUAUACUUUUGUGCAUGAUUUCAAAGAACAAUGUCAUGUCCAAUUUGAGUAAACCAGAAAUUCCAGCCAUUCUAUUCCGUAAUUCUGUUUUUCAUCAGAGUUCAAACAUUUUAACUGGCAUUUGAAUGAUGCAGAUCAAGUAAGUUUCUGUCAUUUUUUCCCCAAAUAUUACCUGCAUCUUGGUAAGAAAAUAAAAAUUCCUCAAGGAUUCUGAACAAGUUACAUGAUCAGGAAAAACCAAAAAAAAUGACAGUUGAAACCUGAUCUGUGAUCACUGAUUCAACAGCAUCCUCUACCACUUACUGACUAGUUUCGGUUCUCCAAAUAUUAUGGUGAAGAGAAUAUGGUCCAACAUCUUGUCACAAUGACUUCUUCCCCUUCAAAAAAAAAAGACGAAAACUAACUAGGCCUUGAAUUUUACGAU